GUGAAAUGUGCGGGUAAACGUUGGACGACGGAAAAGAUGAAGUUGCAUGCCUUAAAAUACGCAGACAUGACCAACAGCUCCAUUUCCGCUUCGAGCUCAGCACGCACGCCGCCGGCGCAUUUACUCUUAAUCCAUCACCUUCCUCUUCCUCAAGAAUAAGUGCUGCAGGCGUUUCAUUCAGCAGUGAACGAAUCGAGAUUUAGCUUAAUCUUCCAUCCAUGGCGUGUGACUAUGUGAGCAAUGAGAGAGUGAGAGAGAGAGGGGGCAGAGGAGCAAAAGCCUGGCUCUGCUCUGCGUGGUGCGUAGCUUGCUUCCUCCAGUCUACUUAGCAUCUCUUCGGACAACGCGUGCGUGCAUCAUUAAUCCUGCCUCCCCUGUUUUGCACUGUUCCUAUCACAAGCUUCUCCUUUGCCGUCGUCGUCUUCUCCGAGUGAUCAUUAAAUCCUGGCAAAGCCCGAGCGGUGAUCGAGAAGCUAGGCGAAGACGAGAUGUUGGCGUGCAUCGCUUGCUCCAAGCACGGCCUGGACGACGGCGGAGAGGAUGCGGUGACCAACUCAGCCGGCAACAAAGAGGCCAGCAAAAGCCUCACCUCUCAGAUAAAGGACAUGGUGUUGAAGGUUUCUGGCUCUUCUCGCCAGUGCAAAGGCGGAGGAGGGAGCUCGUCGUUCCGGAGCAAGAGCUUCCACCCGCACCACUACUUCGACGACGGCGAGAUGAUUGCUGUCGCGCGGAGCCACCACCGACGUCCCCUUCGGCCAGCUAGUGCGAAAGCGUGGGACGUGAGUUAUGAGGAGGCGAGGAGCAGCGCAAGGUGGACCGGCAGCGGCGGUGCCGAUGCAGUCGCGGCGGCGCUGGGGAACGUGGUGCUGGAGGACGAGGGGCGGCCCAAGGAGUGGGUGGCGCAGGUCGAACCGGGGGUGCACAUAACCUUCGUGUCGCUCCCUGGCGGCGCCGGCAAUGAUCUCAGGCGCAUACGAUUCAGCCGGGAAAUGUUCAACAAGUGGCAAGCACAGAGGUGGUGGGGAGAGAACUACGACAGGAUCAUGGAGCUCUACAACGUCCAAAGAUUCAACCGCCAAGCUCUGUCUCCACCACCAAGAUCCGACGACGGCAGCGAGAGAGAGUCAUUCUACUCGAGGGUGGGCUCGAUACGGGAAAGCUCAGCCGGCAAAGAUUACCGCAGCGCCAUCAGACAUACAAACCGGCCGCCUUUGACGUCCACCGCCGGGAAAGGGGUGUGUUAUCCGUUCGUGCCGGAUCCAUCCGAGCAAUUUUUCCCCCACCACCUCCACUACGGAGCAGGAGUUUCCGGUGUCAGGGCAGAGACCUCCUCGGUGGACGCGUCAAGGACCACCACCUCGUCCAGGGACGAAGCUUCCAUUUCCAUCAGCAACGCCAGUGAUAUGGAGAUAACAGAGUGGGUGGAGGAAGACGAACCAGGAGUGUUCAUUACCAUCCGCGAGCUCGCCGACGGCACUCGAGAUCUCCGGCGUGUACGAUUCAGUCGAGAAAGAUUUGCGGAGGUUAAUGCGAAGCUUUGGUGGGAGGAGAACAGAGAAAGAAUCCAGGCGCAGUAUCUAUAGAACUGACUCAGCAUCAGAAACAAUAAACGAAAAAUAGGACAGAAAAACCACUGAAAAACGAAGUAUGUUUGACUUGUUUUGGCAUUCAAUGCAUUUUGAUCCUUGUGCUGGAAAAACAUGCUUUAUUCUAUAUUGUAGGAAGUUUAUAUUGUUUUGAAUA